AACCUUGUAAACAACGUUUGUUCGCGUCUCUGCCAUUCUUCUCACCGACACUGCACCUUCUGACAGGUCAAAAGGUGUCUCUGUUAGACGUACGAUGCCCCUACCAAAACAACAAAGUACACUGAGCCCCUGGACACGGUAGACUUGGGCAUGUUGUGAGCGCAUCACAGACAACACCAGUGCUCGCCAUCCCCCUGGCCGGGAAAUGCCGUGGCUUUUCACGAUUCCCGAGUUCGUCAAGAAGCGAGCAUGUCGCUAUCUCCUACAGCACUACCUGGGCCAGUACCUGAAGGGGAAGAUACAGCUAGAAGACCUCACCGUAGACCUCUACAAUGGCACUGGCACUAUCACAAAUGUCCCUCUCAACGUGGAGGCAGUCAACGAAGCUCUGGAAGGGACGGGGGCUCCAGUCCAGGUGGUGUCUGGCUACCUCGGGAGAGUCACAAUAUCGGUACCGUGGGGUGCCCUCAUGAGCGACAGCUGCAGGGUCGAGGUGACGGGACUGAUGCUCUCUGUCAUGCCCUGUCUCAGUUCUGCGGCCGGGGAAGAUCUUGCCACGAUGACAGAUUCAUUGUUCUUUGGAAGCAACAUGACUAACAGUCUGCAAAUGGCAGAGGAGGUAAUGAGGAGUGGGCCGGUGGAAGGAGAGGAAGGAGGCAGGGGUGAAACAGGAGCCGAGAGAGAAGGCCGUGCGGCUUUCGAAGGCAUGGAAGCCCUUGCAAGAGCCAUAGAGACAGUUUUGUCGCGAGUGCAGAUAGACUUGAAGGAGACUGUGGUGCAGUUGGUCUGUCGCUCUUCCGACUAUACCCACCAGUACUUUGUCAGGCUCAGGAUUCAGAGUAUCAAGUUCUAUGACGAGGAGAGAAGAGGGGGAGGGGAAGAGGAAUCGAGUGUGGACAGACCUAGCCCAGUUGACAACCCCGCAGAGCCCAGUGGACGUGCAGCAGUCGAGACAAAGAUCCUCGAACUCUCUGACAUUACGGUUGAAGUCGGAGGAGUAGGGGAAGAUAUCCACACCUCAACAAUUUCCCCAGAGGAUCUUCCCGGGGUCCCGGUGGCGUAUGUGAGCGGUGGGAUGAACGUGACUGUGAAGGUGCGGGGUACAGACAGUGCCCCCGUGCCCCGUGUACAGGUAGAGGCUGUGGUGGGAGGGGUCCACUGUCUCCUGGCGCCGUCUCAACUUCACAUACUUGCGGAAAUAGCUUCAGCUGCCCUGAGGAGUGGAGGUAUUUGA